AAUUCCAGCAACUCAACUCAGUUAACAUUUAAUUCUCAAUAAGAUUAAAAGUUUUUUUUUCCAAAUCAAAUUAUUAUCUUUCUUAUUCUUUAGGAAUCACGAUUCUUUGGAAAAAUGAUGGGAUCUAAACCAACUGAUAUUAAAAAAAUCAAUACAGAAAAUGGUAAAGAACAUGUUAACGGAAGUCCUCCGGAUAUCCCAAAAUUAAUGCCUGGUGGCCAAUACAUAAAAAUUGGUAAAGAUUCGUCAAAAAGCACUUACUUAAUAUUCGCUCCUCACGUCGAAGAAGUAGGAAUAUUAGCGAAAUACCUAAAGAUAUUCAAAAAAUUCAACAUAAAUUUGAUCCAUAUUGAAUCAAGAGCUUCCGAAAAAAUCCCUAAUAAAUAUGAGUUUGUGGUUGAAUGCGCUUCCGGAGGCGAUUUAGGUUCUGCAAUCGCAGAAAUAAGAGAUCAAAGCAGUUACUUUAAUGUGAUCUCGCGAAACUACGCGAACAAUCAAAAUACUGUGCCCUGGUUUCCGCGAAGAAUCAGGGAUUUAGAUCGAUUUGCAAAUCAAAUUUUAUCGUAUGGUGAUGAAUUGGAUGCUGAUCAUCCGGGAUUUACCGACCCGGUUUAUAGAGCGAGAAGAAAAUAUUUUGCUGAUAUUGCUUAUAAUUAUCGCCACGGUCAGCCGUUACCAAGAGUUGAAUAUACCCCGGAGGAAGUUGAAACUUGGAAAACUAUUUAUAAAAAAUUAACUACUUUGUAUGUUACCCACGCUUGUAAAGAACACAACCACGUUUUUCCACUUUUGGUACAAAAUUGCGGUUAUCGAGAAGAUAACAUUCCUCAAUUAGAGGAUGUUUCAAAUUUUUUAAGAGAUUGCACUGGGUUUACUCUUCGACCAGUGGCCGGACUACUUUCUUCAAGAGAUUUCCUAGCUGGUUUAGCUUUUAGAGUUUUUCACUCCACCCAAUACAUACGACAUCCAUCAAAACCCCUUUAUACCCCAGAACCAGAUGUUUGCCAUGAACUAUUAGGACACGCACCACUUUUUGCGGAUCCAGCUUUUGCACAAUUCUCCCAAGAAAUUGGUUUAGCUUCAUUGGGAGCUCCAGAUGAAUACGUCGAAAAACUUGCAACGCUAUUUUGGUUCACGGUUGAAUAUGGAUUAUGUCGCGAAAAUAACGAAUUAAAAGCUUACGGGGCUGGUUUGCUAUCAUCAUUUGGAGAGCUUCAAUAUUGUCUUGAAGGAAAAUCCGAAGUAAGACCUUUCGACCCGAUUAAAACUUGUGAACAAAAAUAUCCCAUCACUCAGUAUCAACCGGUUUAUUUCGUUGCGGAAAGUUUUGAAGAUGCCAAAGAAAAAAUGAUAAAAUAUGCUCAAAAUAUUCCAAGAAGUUUCGGAGUAAGAUACAACGCGUACACUCAAAGCAUUGAGGUGUUGGAUUCAAAGAUGCAAAUCGAAAAUUUAGUGAGGAACGUCAGCCAGGAAACUCAAAUUCUUUUAAACGCACUUCAAAAAUUAUAAUUUUAAAGAAUAAGGUUAUACCAAAAAUAUAGUUACAGUCGAUUUAAUAACAAUAUUAAUCUCAUGUUAUAAUAUUACAAUAAAUCUUUUUUUAUAAUUCUG